UAAAUUCUGUUCAGAUAAGGUCCAAUAAAUUCAGGGCCAAUAAGUUGAAUAGAACGCACCCUUAGUAAACCUAGGUUUACCAUCCUAUAAAUAAAAGAGAAGAAGGCCCCUCAAAAAAAAAAAAAAAAAAAGAGAAGAAGGAAAAAAUAAUAAAAAAAAUCAACAAAACCCAAACUAUUAGUAAGCAGCCGUUUUCCUCUUCCCCUCCCUCAAAAAAUUUCUCUCCUCUUUUCUUCUCCCUCGUCACUCUUCUUCCUCCUCCUUCGCCACUUUUUCUCUUCACCCCCCUGAACUAUCGUCAGCCUUCGAGUGGUGCGCGAGCAUCCGAGGUGUGUGUGAGAAGCGAGUGCGAGACUCGAGGUGUGGGUUCGAGUGCUGGGCGAGGGUUGGGAGCGUUCGAGGCGAAGUUUUGUGGGUGUGUGCGGGCGAGGCAAACCAAGAGUGUGAGGCUGUGCGGUGUGUGUGCGCCGUCGAGCGAGCAGUGGGCUGUGCGAGGUUCGUGUUUGCGAUCGUGUGUGUGCUGGGCGUGCGACGCUGCGAGGCUCAUAGUGCGACGGGUUGUGCGAGACUCGAGGCGAGGCUACGAGUCGAGUUGUGUGCCGUGCGUCCGAGCGGUGGUGCGUGGCUAGUGUGUUGCCGGAUUCUGUCGCCAGCGCGUUCGGUCUUAAUUUUAUAAGCGGAGCAUUUAAAUAGUCAGCGAAUAUUCUUCGUUACAAGAUGGUUUACGACAUAGGAUCUAAGGAAUACUUGAUGAAACACCGAAUAGCCGAAGAUUGGGACAUUUGGGCCUAUAAAAUGCAAGCUGCUAUGGACUAUAGGAUCAUGCAGGGAGAUACGAGGCUAAGGACUGAAUCGGAGAAGAUACAUUUCAUGCUUCGUUAUGUCCCUAACGUAGAACCCUACCGUUUCGUACAUCAUAGAUAUGGGGAUUUAUGGUCCGAAGAGGGAAACUUUAACAGGGAGAAGCAUACCUACCGGAACCAAUACCUUCCUACUAUUGAGCAUUUCAUUACCGACCUCAAAUACUGCGAGAAUGAGUGGAAAAUCCGUGAAAAAAGAGGUUGUGACUCCUCUACCUCAUCACCUUCAAUUCAAGGAACCUAUCAUGUGGGGGAAAGUUCGGGAGCUAGUGUUGUAGAUGGGAAUUCUGAGAAUCCUGGAGUUAAGCGUGAGACACAAACGCCACCUAGAGCUGCGAAAAGAGCAAGGUACCAAUUGUUUGAGGAUGAGUUCAUACCCGAGAAUUACUACACAACAUCAGACCUUAGGACUCUUACCUACAUUUUCGAUGAUGAAGAGAAUACUAGGACCUUUAUUGCAGUGAUUGAAGAAAAUCAAGUGGCACCUGUACUGGAUGUAGGAAACGAGGAAGAGGGAGAUCCUAAUGAAGAUGAGCCUGCUGAAGGGGAUCCGAUUGAGGAAGAGCCUGUAGAGGUUGAAUAACUCGUAGAGGAUGAAUAUCCCGUAGAAGAAGAAGAGGAGCCUACGGAAGAAGAGGAAGAACCCCUGAAGGAAGAGGAACUUAUAGAGGAUGACGAGCUUGUUGAGGACGAAACUGACAAUCAUGAGUCAGAUGACGAAGCUCACCAUUAUAGUCCCUAGUUUUCUCUGAAAAUAUAAUUAGGAUUAUAGUAUUUUAUUUUUCUUUUAUUUAUUUAUUUCAGUUUUAAUAAGGCUUGCAUGCUAAGUAGUAAGUUAACAUUGUUUAUUCAUUUAUUUAUUUAUUUAUAUUAUGUUUCCUUGAAACAAUAGAUUUUCCAUUUUCAAUAAUAAUAAAUUUCUUUUCAUUA